AUGCGAUUUAUUUUCCCUAGUACAGACAAGGCCUUAAAACUGCUCGAAUUGAACGCUUGUCAGAGAAAACGUGUCAUCGGUGCACUGUUUCAGAUGUUUAUCCUGUUUGUUACCCUUUCCCGUCAUUCAAAAUCUACAUGUAUCAAUGUUUUGCGUUCAAUCACCAAUUCAUCGCGGAUUAGUAUUGAAACCCAUAUGAAGACACUCAAUGAUAAGCAACAGUUCCGAAAAACACUCGAUGUAUUUGAUAAACACAAAGACAAAUAUCAAACAAUGAUAACAGAUCGUGUUGUUGUUCAAGCAUUGAAAGCUUGUGCUCGAUUAGGUUUCCUUGAUCGCGGUCAAACUAUUCAUCAGAAACUUUCCGAUAACUUGUUGAACAACGCUUAUGUUCAAACGUCACUUAUUCAUUUCUACAUGCAAUGUGGACGAGUGAACGAUGCUCAACGUGUUUUCGAAUCAUCGACGAACAAAACAUUGAUCCAUUAUGGUUUGAUGAUGAAAGGAUAUAUAACGAAUAAUAUGUCUGAAAAAUCGAUUCAACUCUUUUCGAAAAUACCCAAGCCAGAUGAAAUUCUCCUCUGUCUUCUGUUCAACAGUUGUGCUCAUACUCGAACGACACAUGCAUUAGACAUUGGCCGAAAAGUCUGGUCUCAGCUAUCAUCAGCUAAUCAAAGAAACCAAUUUAUUCUCAAUGCUGCACUUGAUAUGUUCAUUAAAUGUGGUGAUGUGUCGAGUGCGGAAAAUAUCACGUUCGCUAAAACAAAACGUAAUGUCAUUGAUUAUGGACAAUUAAUGAAAUACUACAAUGAUCAUCGUAAGCCCGUGAACACCCUCAAUUUAUAUGAGAAGAUGAAAAGCGAAGGAAUCGAAGCCAAUGCAGUCAUUUUCCUUCUCCUCAUUGACGCAUGUGUUGAAAUUGGACUGAAGUCACGGUGUCAAUCAAUUGCCAAACAAAUUCCAUCGACAAUGUCAACUGAUCUGAAAAUUCAAAGUGCUUUAGUGCACAUGUGGGGCAAAGUGGGUUGUGUUAAUCAAGCGAAACAAGUUUUCCAACAGAUCAAUAGACCGAAUUCUGUGACAUAUACUACUAUGAUUAAUGCAUAUGGACUAAAUGGAAUGGGCCAUGAUGCACUUGAACUUUACUAUCAGAUGCCGUCAGAGAUGAUCGUUGAGAAGACUUAUGUUUGUAUUUUAAAUGCCUGUUCACAUUCAGGACUUGUCGAAGAAGCUCGGUCAAUUUUCUCAAAAAUUCCAAAGAAAGAUGAAUGGAUUUAUACAGCAAUGAUUGAUUGUUUGUGUCGUUCGUUUAUCUUCGACGAAGCAAAACAACUGAUAGAAAACUAUGAAAAUAAUCAUCGUCCUUGUCUGCCUAUGUAUAAGUCGUUGCUAUCAGGUGCUCGGAAUCGAACCGAUGUAUCCCUGGCGCGACAAACAAUUCAUCGAAUACAACAGUUGUUUCAUGGCAUGGACAAGUCUUUAGUAUCGGCGUCAGUACUUCUAACGAAUACUUUGGCAGCAGCAGGCGAGUUAGAGGAAGCAUUACAAAUUAGAUCAAAACUUAGCGAAACAGGUGUAAAGAAACAAAUGGAUUUAUCUUGGACCGAAGCUAAUGGAAUUCAAGAAAUCUACGAUGAACUGCAACGAAUUGAACAUGAACUUAUUGAACACGGUCAUAAUCACAGUGAAAGAUUGGCACUUGCAUUUAACUUUAUUCAACGACCCAUUCCAUCACAAAUUCAAAUCGUGAAGAAUCUUCGUAUUUGCGGUGACUGUCACCGUGCAAUCAAACUAAUCAGUCAGAUUCUUAUUCGUGAUGCAAACCGAAUUCAUCAUUUUUCACGUGGAAAAUGCUCAUGUAAUGAUCACUUUUAA